AUGCACGCUAGGUCUGCACCUCGUUUCGAUAAUCUGAACACUAUGUCCCUACCCACCUCAGCUGGUUCCCAUGAACCCAUUAAACCCAACCACACGCUUUUGCCCACUACAAACAGUAUGGAUCGCAGGUCUCAGGCGGAUGGAAGAUCCAUAUCUUUGUCUUCAUUACCAAUGGAAUUGCUUCAAGAAAUAUUUUUGUGGUGCGUUCCACCUCGGCCGUCACAGUCUGAGUUUCUCUACCAAUCCAUCUACAUGGUCGGUUUCGCGUCUCAAGUAGCACCCCUACUUCUUUGUCAAGUAUGCAAUCUAUGGCGCCAUAUUUCCCUGACCCUUCCCCGUCUAUGGACUUCUUUGGAUGUCUUUGUCUCGAUGGGAAAGUCACGACCUUGCCUACCGUUAGCAAAUAUCUGGCUCGCUCGCUCUGGUGAACUCCCGUUAUCACUCGCACUUUAUCAACAAAACGAAUCGAAUGACAAUCGUAUUGCUGCCGGAGAAAUACUCGACCUCUACAGACUUUAUAUACACCGCUGGAGCAACAUCCAUUUCGACUUGACUGGCCCGAGAUAUUGCCGAUUGUUGACCUCUCAGCAAAGGUCGGCACCGAUGCUCAAACAAUUUCGUAUGCAGACGUGCUAUAGAAUAUAUGAAGCGGAAGACAAGGACCUUUUCGGAAUUUUCGACUUUGUUCCCCACCUAUCGCACCUGCAAGUAUCCAGAAUACCUGACCUUGAUAUUUUCGGAGAAACCUCCGUCAGAAUACCAUGGAGUCAGCUCGUCACUUUAUCCCUCGAUUAUCUGCCUUCAGUCGGGACUAGUCUUCGCAUCCUUGAAAACUGCCCCAAAUUAAUCGAUUGCUCCUUUAAAAUUGACGCACUCUCGGGACCCUUGCCUGAAACCCCCAUCAACCGUGAAUUACAUUCUUUGGAGAUUAACAUCGGGCACGAGCAAGUUGCCACUUUUUUGGAAAAAGUUACGCUUCCUGCGCUUAAGCAAAUGACGAUACACGUCAGAGGCCCGCUGGACCAAUAUGGAUGGCCGCAAAGUAAAUUUGGCGCAUUCUUGAAGCGAUCAAGGUGCCGUCCCUCGCACUUCGAAAUCCACGAUACCGGGAUGAGAUUCGAUGAAUUUGCGGAUUGUCUAUGCAAUCCUUAUCUUCAGUCGCUUGAAAGUAUUACUGUGCAAGAUAGGCGUGAUUGGACAUGGGACCCUUUCGUUACGGACCUUGCAGUCAACCUUCUUACAUGCUCUCCCUUUAUCCAUGAGUCCACUUCUGUGAUGCCCACUAUGUCGGAGGCUUUGCAAAAUCAAGUCUCAGCCCAAGCGUGCCGUCUUCCGAACCUAGAGUCGCUCACGUUUCGUGGUAGUUGCUUGUGGACUGCUGAUGGAAUGGUGGCCGACAUGGUGGAAUCUAGGUGGAGAUAUCAUUGCCGUCAAGUGCGGCGGCUCAAACGCGUCGAGUUGGAAUUGCUAUCUAGCCAUGUCGAAGAUUUCCGCCGAUUAAAGGAAUUUUGCGUCGAAGGGUUAGAAUUAGAUGUCAUGUUACGGUAA